AAUCUCAAGAUCAUCGAUCUCUACAUUGUUUUCGCUGUUGUCACUGCUUUAAUUCAGAUAGCCUACGUGGCCGUUGUUGGAUCAUUCCCAUUCAACUCCUUUCUUUCGGGGGUGCUCUCAUGUGUGGGGACCGCAGUCCUCGCUGUGAGUCUUCGAAUUCAAGUAAACAAAGAAAACAAGGAAUUCAAGGAUUUACCUCCAGAACGCGCUUUUGCAGAUUUUGUACUCUGCAAUUUGGUACUUCAUUUGGUUAUCAUGAACUUCCUCGGAUAAUAAGUUGAUAUUAUGGAAAAGAUACCACCUUUGUUAAGAUUCCAAUAGUGCACUUAAAUUUAGAGUUUUACCCAUUACUGAGGUCCGACACAAAAAAAAUGCUAUCGAUUGUUCCGUCCAUGUUAUGUACUAGUGUAACAAAAUAUAUUCGGUAGCAUGAAUUUUGUUAUCUAGACAGUAAUCUUUUAAUCUUUAUGAGCGAAAGAGGUUGUAAUAGAUGCUUUUGAAGUUCUGGUUGGAUAUUUUAAUCAACUUUUUUCUUGAGAACUA